AUGUCGUCAAGCUCCUCCCCUUUUAAACCACCUAAUUCACCAAUAUACAUUGAUGAUUCACUUUCACCAGUGAAGCUACCAACAAGAUCACCGAUGAAACCACCGCCAUCAGUACCACUAGUACCACAUCGACCUUUGCAAAGUGGGACGCCACCGGUCAAACAACUGACAAAUACAAACGCAACGAAGCUAGGCCAGCAACAAACUUUGCAAGCACCGUACACAGAAAAGGUCAACAAAACCACUUUUCUAAACAUCAAUUCGGCUCAACGCCGCUCAACUAUAGGUAUACCAAAACGUUCAUUCUCGUCUACUGAACGCCCAAAGCUAAACCUCACGUCGUCAUCAUCAUUGAAUAAACUUCCAGGUAAUCGAAUGUCGAUAACGUCGCCAUUACACAAGAGACGUAAACCGGCUAAUUUGAGUAGCAUUCAGAGAUCUGCUAUGGAGGUUGAAUUGUACAUGUCCAAGUUGAAUGAGGAUCGCGAGGAGAGGUUGAAGCAUUCAGGGUAUAGGUCGAGUAUGUCCGAAGCAGACGAGUUGAGCUCGCCAAUAAAGAGAAAUGCCACACAACUGCAUCGUUCUGCAAUAGAGCCAGAGGCGGUCAGCGAUGCAGAUGAGCUAACUGAGAAAAGGAGGAAACAAGUGGAAGAUGAGGACGAGGAUGUUGCUAUUUUAGAAGAUAAGGACUCAACCAACGCGACCAAAUCUGUUGAGAAUAUUGAAGUAGGUAGAAGGGAAGUAAUUGAUACCGCUGCGGACCUUGGAGCUAAAACAGAUGUCCCCAAGAAGGAGGAAAAACUAGCUGAUAAUGAUAGUGCCAAAUCGAGUGACGGCGAUUUUGAGAUAUUGGGUGACAACUUUUCGCGAGAGCCAAGUCAAACUUUAACUCAUAAUCAGGUGACUAGAUUGCUAAAUGAACUGAAGCAGAAUAGAUACUCGACAAAAACGCCAGAUAGAAUGACCGAGCCCCAACCGCAAAGACCACACCCACAUCAUGUGAAACCAAGCACAGUAGAUAAUGACCAAGAAGAAGAUACCGUGUUGAGUCCAUUGAGACAUGAUUUGGAUGCUGUCAAUGAGUUUCAAGACGAGGACCAGGAUGAUAAUGAGUUAGAAGAUGAACCAACCAUGAACUUCCUAGAUUCGCCAAACUCAAGACCAAUGUUUCCUCUUUCAUACAUUGAAAAAUUACAGUCCGAAAAUGAGAGAGAAUUGAGCAAAUUGAAUGAAGAGCUCAAGCAACAGGAUUUGAAAAUCAAUCAAUUGAAUGAUGAGUUGAGUAAACAGCGUGAAGCCGAACACAGGUUGAAGCAUGCACUGGAGCUUAAUAAGAUACAGCUAGAACAACUUGAACGUAAUGUGGCAUCCUUGACCAAGCGGAACACCAUCUUAGAGUCUUCCAAUAUGAGGUUUAAGUGUAAGUUGAUUGAUUACAAAAUCACGGUGAAUGAGGUGGAAGAGGCGAAUCGUGCCUUGACACAAAAGAAUGAUGAUUUGGAUGACAAAUUCUCCAAGCUUCAAACUGAACAUAGUCAAAUGCAAAGGGAACAUAUUGAAUUUACUAUGAAAAUGGAUGAUUUUGAAAAUGUCAAAUUAAAACUUGUUAAUGAAAAGCAAGAAUUGUUGGAUAAACUAGGCAGCCUUGAGCAAGAAUACGACAGUAAAAUUGAUCACCUAGAGGAGAAUGUAAAGUUGUUAGAACAGUCAGAUGAGCAAUUGCGACUGACAAAUACUGAUAUCAGGACUCAACUUGACGGUUCACAGGCUAGAAUUGAACAGUUGCAAGACGAAAAGAAAAGAUUGGUGGCUAUAAAUGACGAAAACCAGGAUUUGGUGAAGGAGUUGGACCAUCUAAUAUCCUCAACCAAGCAAAAUUACGAGGAUGAAAUUUUCAAGUUGAAAGAUAAACACGAAGAGAAAGUUUCUCUGUUGUCUUCGGACUUGCGGGUUGUUCAACACAGUGAAGCUCAUUAUAAGGAACUAGUCAACAAUUUGUCGGAGGAACUUCAAAGUAGAAACAAGCAGCUUGACUCUAUCAAAUCUCAAUUUGAAUCACAAACAGUUGAUUUUGAUAAAGUGGUUUCAGAAAAAAAACAUCUUGAAUCAAAGUUGUCGCUUCUUCAAAAUAUUGAGUCAGAUAAGAACCGCAUUGAAUCAGAAUUGAUCGAUUUAAAGAAUAAAUACGAAAAUGACUUGUCGUCCAAAGAAGACGAAAUUUAUAACCUCACCACCAAACACAACAACGUACAGAGAGAAGUCCACCAACUUAAAUCAACAAUAACUGAUUUGCAAACUCAAGUUAAAACUCAAUCGCAGAUUAUAACCAGUCAUGAGUCGGACAUAUCCACUUACAAAGCGGAGAUUGACAAAUUACUCGAUGCAAUAACCACCUUGAAACAACAACUCACCAUUAAAGAAUCACAAGCGACUCAAUUGCAACAAGACAUAGAUGCACUAAAAAUCAAUCAACAACAAGAACUCAAAUUAAAAGAGGAUACGCUAGUGAAGUACCUUCAUCAGGAAUAUUCCCAAAAACACACGACAAAGAUGACUGAAGUUAAAUUGUAUUAUGAACAAGAGUUGAGAAAUCGGGAUUUAACGAUAAAGAAUCUAAAUCGAGACAGUGAGUUUUUGCUGAAGAAUUUAGAUAUUUUGAGACAAAAGUAUAAUGAAUUAUUGGGUGAAAGAGCAGAACAAGGCGACCUGUGA